AUGAGUACGGUAUUAGGAAAGCGUGUUCAAUCAGCUUAUUCUCGACCAUCGCAUCGGUCAGAGAUCACUGAUCAAAAUAAUCUUACGAAACAACGUCCAAAGACUAGUAAAAAUGCGCGUCAACCUUAUACGAAUGUAUUCGCUCAAACUGAAUUAAGAACAUAUAAAUCAUCAGCUCUUUCAUCCGCGACAAGUCAUCGUCGACGACCAACAACUGGUAGGAGUAGUGCAACAGUAUCUACACGACCGGCAUCUCGAAAACUUUGUUCCAGUGAAAUUGAAAGUCUUUUACAAACUCUUGAUCAUGAUGAUACAGUUAUUGUUCAACUGGAUUGUUUAGCUAAUUAUCAAACACUUGUACAAACAAUUGACUUACGAAAAACACCAAUUGAUUGUCAAGUGUUAUGUGCUUUACAACAACGUGAAAAUCGUAUUGUUCAAGGAAAUGCUUGUCGUGAUACACGUUUUCAGUCAUUAAUUGAAUUACUUCAACCUGCAUAUAUUCUUGGAAGAAUUGAAGAAGAUGAUUUAAAUGAUAUUAAUCCUAAUAUUAUAUUAGAACAUCCACCGCACGAUUUACCAAUAGAAUAUGUUAAAUAA